AUGGUCCUCGCCAAUAGCAGCGCCAUCACCGUCUGGGAAUCCUCCUACCCGGAUCUGUUCUGGGCCAUGAGGGGCGCAGGCCACAACUUUGGGAUCGUGACCAGUGCCGAGAUGAGGGUGUACCCCCGGCCGGAGCGUGAUUGGUCGUUCAAGUUGUACAUCUGGACGCAGGAUAGGAUCGAGCCCGUGUUUGACGAGCUGAUCCGGAUGCGCGAGGCCGGCGCGCCGAGGGAUCUGGCGUUCAACUACGGGUCGUAUGCGCUGGAUCCCGGGCUUGGUACUCGCGAGAAUGGCUCGGCGCCCUACAACCUCCUUUCUAGGGCCACAGGCGCAGGCGCCGAUUCCCCACAAUGCGAACGCGGCCGCACAUACAUGCACUAUUCGAGCUACUUGCAAGAAUGGAACGUGACCGCACAGCGCGCCAUCUACAACCUGUACGCCGAGAACAUGGCGACAAACCCGACGGCGUUUGCACGGGCGGCUGUACUGAUGGGGGACUACAAGCACGACGCGGUUGCCCAGGUCGACGCCGCGAGCUCGGCGUAUCCGUGGCGCGACAGACGCUUGCUAAACAACGUCGUCAUAAACUACACCCCCGACCCGUCCCUCGACGACUUUGCGCUUACCUGGGCGCGCCGCACAAAGGAACUCUGGGACGAUGGGCAGCUGGGGAUUCCGGGGGCAAACUAUGUCAACUAUGCCGCUGGGGACGAGUCGCCCGAGUCGGUGUAUGGGCAUGAGCCGUGGCGGAUGCAGAGGCUGAGGGCGCUCAAGGCAAAGUAUGAUCCACUUGGUUCGGUUUAG